GGAGAAAGAGAUUUAGCCUGGUUAGUUGACGCGCGGGGCCCCGGCGACAGGGACAGCCGACUGAGAAAGUAGUGCGAAAAAAGGGAGCGUUUGCUGGGUUUUACAAAGAGAAAGCGAGAGAGAGAGAGAGAGAGAGAGAGAGAGAGAGAGAGAGAGAAAGAGAGAGAGAGAGAGAAAACGACGACUACGACUGCGGUGCGAGCACACGCGUAUACGCAAGGAUCAAACGAAUUGAGAAAGGAGCUUAUUUUCUGUGGGAAUUAUUGCAAUCGAUCGAUCGAAGUGAAAAGUGAAGAAUUUCGCGCUCAGUGAGAGAGGAGACGCGUACACGAGAAGAAUUUCCAGCCGCAUAGACAGUUUUCGUCACGACAGUUCAUCAUCAUCAUCAUCUUCCGAUCGAGUUUAUUCUUCAAGAAAUCCGACUUGUGUUCGUGUGCCGCACGUGCAACGACGACAGGCUGAGCUGCAAAACCUGCGCUCCCCGACGACGAUCUUCCCAAGUGGCGAGGGUCGAUGCUGGUGAAAGACGGCGUCGAAGCGUGACAGCGCGAAUCCGGGCAGUCCGGGAGGUGGUUUCAGCUCACGUGGUGCAAGAGCUGCCUGGCCGCGGAUAUCGCGGGCUCGACUAGGCAGACAGCGGAGGCCGGGGGGGUCCUCCCGCUUACCCCCUUGCGCGUGAAGGAGCUAUAGAGAGUAUCUCUAGGAGUAGUAGCAGCAGCGCAGAAAUGGGGGUCGCUGACGACUUCGCGCCGAGCUUCACCCAGAAGCCCCAGCUGCGGCAGGAGGACGAGGGCAACCGGCUGAUAUUCGAGUGUCAGCUGGUCAGCGCGCCCAAGCCCGAGAUCACCUGGUUCCGGGGCGAGACACAGCUCGCCGAGGACGACCGCACCAACUUCAAGAUACAGAGCAUCGGCACCAACAAGUUCCUCGUGGUGCUCGAGCUCGAUGACGUCAUCGAGACUGACGCCGGCCUCUACAAGGUCAAGGCCAAGAACAAGAUGGGCGAGGUCGCAGCAUCCAUCAACCUCAACUUCAGCCCUGUGGAUGAGCCUAGAGAAAAACAAAUCGACGGUAUCGCGCCGACUUUUGCGAAAAAGCCAUCCAUCAGACAGGAGGAUGACGGCAAACGAUUGGUCUUCGAGUGUCGCAUCACUGCCGACCCUACGCCCAAGGUCUCGUGGUUCCACGACGGCGACGCUGUCUCCGACUCGCCACGACACAAGCUGACCGUCGACAAAGACGGCCACUCGUACUUUGCGAGUCUGGAGAUAAAAAACGUGACGGUCGAGGACGCUGGAAAGUACAAGGUCACCGCUAAGAACGAGCUCGGCGAGUCCAACGCCACCAUCUCCCUGAACUUUGACAGCGACGAGGCCCCAGUCCCGGACGACGGUGUCAAACCGACCUUUACCGAACGACCAGUCAUCAGGCAGUCCGACGACGGCAACACUAUAACCUUUGAGUGCCGGUUAGCCGGCGACCCGAAACCUAGUGUCAAGUGGUAUCACGGAACGGAGGAACUGAGCGAAGGCGGAAGGUAUCAGAUGUCGAUGGAGCUCGACCAGAAGCUCUAUCAUCUGGCUAGGCUGCAGAUCAGCAAAGUAGCCAAAGCCGACAGCGGCGAGUACAAAGCCGUCGCGAGAAAUAAGCACGGACAGGGGGUUGCCACUAUCAACCUGAACUUCGAGGGUGGCGAUAAGCUCAAAAUACCCGACGGCAAGCCGCCGCGUUUCCCGAAGAAGCCGACAAUUAGGCAAGAGGGCGACGUCCUGAUAAUGGAGUGCAUACUGGAGGCGCAUCCGGUGCCGGAGAUCACCUGGUACCAGGGCAGCAAAGCCAUAACCGACAGCACGCGAAUUAAAAUGUCCCGCAAGUCCACGGGCAAAGACACCUAUCUGCUGACCCUCGAAAUCUUGAACCCGACCAAGGCCGACGGCGGUCACUACCGCUGCAACGCCUUUAACAACUUUGGCGAGAGUAACGCCAACAUCUCCUUGAAUUUCCAAGGUGCAGAAGAUCCAGCGGGCUUCGCGCCGUCGUUCAUCGAGAAGCCGCGCAUCAUCCCCAACGAGACUGGCACCCUCAUCACCAUGAAGUGCAAGUGCCGCGCCAAGCCCAAGCCCGACGUCACCUGGUUCCGGGCGACCAACGUCAUCAAGGAGUCCUCCAAGAUCAGCCUAAAGUGCAUCGACGUUCAGGAGGACGUAUACGAGCUCACCCUCGAACUCAAGGAUCCCGCGGGACCAGACGGCGGAGCCUACCGCUGCCACGUGAAGAACGAGUUCGGCGAGAGCAACGCCAACCUGAACCUGAACAUCGAGGCCGAACCUGAACCCGAGGGCGACGGUCCGACCUUCGUGGAGAAGCCGCGAAUCCAGUCCCAGGACAAGGGCAAGGUCGUCAUCAUGGACUGCAAGGUCAAGGCCAAGCCCAAGCCCAACAUCGUCUGGACCCACGCUGGAACGGUCGUCAAGGAGUCGUCCAAGAUCUCCCUGAGCGUGGUCGAGGAGAAGAACGACAUCUACUACAUCAAGCUCGUGCUCAACGACCCUGGUGCGGACGACUCUGGACUCUACAAGUGCAACAUCAAGAACUCGCUUGGAGAGCUCAACGCCAACCUCACCCUCAACGUUGAAAUCAUCCCUGUCAUCAAGGAGAAGCCGAAGGUCAUCAAGAUCGUGAAGAAGAAGACGGUGAUAGUCGAGUGCACGGUUCUAUCCAAGUUUGCACCGGAUUGCACGUGGUUCAAGGAGACCCAGGCUGUCAGACAGGACGACAGGCACAAGCUCCACGUGGAGAAGAUCAAGGAGGGCGAGUUCGCCGUGAAGCUCGAGAUCGAGCAAAUAUCUCAGGCAGACAAGGGCAAGUACAAACUGGUGGCCAGAAACGAGAAGGGAGAGGCCACCUCCCAGGUCGUCGAGAUCCAGGAGUUACCCGAGGAGCCUGAUCCACCAAGGCUCGCCUCGGGACUCAAGUCCAUCACUGUGGAAGAAGGAAAGACGGCCGAGUUCUACGCGUCUCUGGUCAAGGAGGACAAGAAGGUCACGGUCACGUGGUACAAAGACACUACAGUCAUCAAGACGUCCGAGACCUACAGCAUCAGCUUCGAUGGUAAGGAGGCCAGGCUAUUGAUCAGUUCUACCACUCAGGAGUCUUCGGGUCGGUACAAGAUCGUCGUCAGCUCCGAACACGGAAAGGACGAGUCCACGGCGGAACUGGUGGUUGAGAAGAAAGAGAAGAAGAAGAAGAAGGACGAAGACGAGGAAGAGAAAGAAAAGAAGAAGGUAGAGGAGAAGAAGAAGGAGGAAGAGAAGAAGAAGGUAGAGGAGAAGAAGAAGGAGGAGGAGAAGAAGAAGCUCGAGGAAAAGAAAAAGAUCGAAGAAGAGAAGAUUAAGGUAGAGAAGAAGAAGGAGGAGGAGAAGAUAAUCGAGCAGAAGAAGAUCGAGGAGCGCAAGAAGAUCGAAGAAGAAAAGAAGAUCAAGGAACCCGAGUCCAAGCCAAAUGGUAUUGACAAGCCUACAUCUAAAAAGGACAAGGAGGAAGAAGUAGUCGAGAAGCGCAAAUCGAUCAAGAAGAAGGAGCCCGAAGCCAAGAAGCCUGAGUCUCCUCGCGAACAAACACCAGAAAAGAAGGUCGUCGGCCGUAAGUCGUCUGUCAGUCGGGUGGAGGAACUCAAGACCGAGAGUCGAAGAAGCUCCAUCAGCAGGACUGAAGAGACCAUACACGAAGAUGGUACUGGCACACCUCAAAGACGGGUUUCCAUACAAUCGCAGUCGGAGGAGGAGAGCACGAUGGAGAGCCGAAGGUCAUCCAUCAUGAGCCAGAAGGAAGAAAAGAUUUCGAAACCGAAAUCGAAACUGAUCGAAGACAAAGAAAAGACCACUGAACGAAGCUCGAUCAAAAAACGAAAAGAAAGCGCCGAGGUUAUUUCCGACACAAAGAAAUACGUCGACGAAGAGAAAAACGGUUCCGUCAAAAGACCCUCCGUUAAACGGGAUUCGGUUAAGAAAGACUCGAUCACCCCCAAAGACGAGACUCCCGAAGAGAAGAACGGUUCGGUCAAACGACCGUCCGUCAAACGAGACUCGGUUAAAAAAGACACGAUCACCAAAAAGAACGAGGUUACCGAAGAAAAGAACGGCACAGUCGACAGACUUUCCGUUAAACGAGAUUCCGUUAAAAAAGACACGAUCACCAAGAAAGUCGAGCAGGAUGACGAUGUAGAAGACUUUUGGGGUAAUAGUAGUGACGCGGAAGAUGCGCCUAAACCUUUGUUGAAAAAAGAAAAAGAAACAGAAUAUAGCUGGGUAAAUAAAACGGUCGAAGAAAUUAAAGAAACGCCCAAGACACCUGUUAAAAAAUCGAACGAAAUCGAGGAUAUUUGGGGCGAUACCAGUGACGCUGAAGAAGUACCUACGCCCCUCAUCAAACGCAAAGACAGCAUGAAAGAACCUAAAGAGAAACUAAAGACCACAGUCAAAAAAGACGAGAUCGAAGACGUUUGGGGUAAUACUAGUGACGCUGAAGAAGUACCUAAAUCCGUGAUCAAACGUGAAGACAGCACUAAGGACAAAGAGCCUAAGGAAAAACUAACAACGACGGUCAAUAAAACAGAAAAAACUGAGAAAUCUAAGACCGUUGACAAAAAUUCAGACAAAAUCGAAGACGUUUGGGGCAAUACCGAAGACAGCGAAGAUGUACCUAAGUCUACGAUCAAACGCAAGGACAGCACUAAAGAGCGUAAUGAGAAGCCGAAGACGGCCAAAAAGGACGAAAUCGAUGACAUUUGGGGUAACACUGAAGACACUAACGAGGUACCCAAGUCUACGAUCAAACGCAAGGACAGCACUAAAGAGCCUAAGGAGAAGCUGAAGCCAGCCGAAAAGGACGAAAUCGAUGACAUUUGGGGUAACACUGAAGACACUGACGAGGUACCCAAGUCUACGAUCAAACGCAAGGACAGCACUAAAGAGCCUAAGGAGAAGCUGAAGCCAGCCGAAAAGGACGAAAUCGAUGACAUUUGGGGUAACACUGAAGACACUGACGAGGUACCCAAGUCUACGAUCAAACGCAAGGACAGCACUAAGGAACCUAAAGAGAAACCGAAGACGGCCAAAAAGGACGAAAUCGAUGACAUUUGGGGUAACACUGAAGACACUAAUGAGGUACCCAAGUCUACGAUCAAACGCAAGGACAGCACUAAGGAACCUAAAGAGAAACCGAAAACGUCCAAAAAAGACGAAAUCGAUGACAUUUGGGGUAACACUGAAGACACUGACGAGGUACCCAAGUCUACGAUCAAACGCAAGGACAGCACUAAGGAACCUAAAGAGAAACCGAAGACGGCCAAAAAGGACGAAAUCGAUGACAUUUGGGGUAACACUGAAGACACUAACGAGGUACCCAAAUCUGCCAUUAAGCGUAAAGACAGCACGAAGAAACCAAAGACCACAGCUAAAAAAGAUGAAAUCGAUGACAUUUGGGGUAACACCAGUGACACCGAAGAAAAGCCCAAAUCUUUGCUCAAAGUCCCGACUACAUCCGUCAACGGAAGGGACAAGCCAAAGUCCGAUGAAAUCGACGACAUUUGGGGGAAUGACGACAAAGAAAACGUGGACAAGCCAAAGUCCUUGAUUAAGAAAACGAAGCCCAAAGACGAUAAGACUAAGCCAAAGAAAAAGGUCACGAAAGUGCCCAAAACCGCUGACAAGUCAGAAGACUCGACACAGAUCACUGGCCCGCAUCUGAUAGUGCACGAAACGCCUGACGAGAACUCGUUCGUUUCACUGUCGACAGACGACAGUCGCGACACUGACAAAACAAGCACACCAACACCACAGGAAAAACCAGUACCGAAAACAGACAAGGUCGAGGACAAGCCGAAGGAAACACCGUCACUCAAACCCACCCUGAAAACGUCUGGCAAACCAGAAGACUCGAAGUUGAAACCUGGAGAGCCAGAAAGCAGGAGAGCGAGCUUGAAGCCCGGAGUACGAGGCGACGAGAGGAAGGACUCGCUAGAUAAGGUUGAGCUGAAGAAAACGGACAGGAUGGACAAAUUGGAGGUGAAGAAGGUCAAGUCGAAGAAAGCCGACAAGGAGAAGAGCUACGAAUUGCCCGAGAUACCGGAUUACGAAAGGCCGGUCCUCGAGAAGCCGCAGGAAUUCGAUUUUGGCGAGCACGUUAAGCGCGACAAGACCAAGCUCGACCGCCCGACGACUCAGAAAUUCGAAUCCAAGCCUAAGGUGCCGGAGAUCAAGGCACCGGCCGAGGCGCCGAUUAAGAUCGAAAUCAAGGACGUCACGCCGAUUGGAAGCCGAAGGGGUUCACUCGUACCCGGAAGUGGCACCAGCAGCCGAAGGGGUUCGCUCAUACCACCCGAGGAACUCGGACGCAGAGCGAGUAUCAUCAUCAGCGACGAGGAAAAUAGAAAGCUGCGCCCCGGCGAAGUGUUGGAAGAGAAGAAGAGAUUCCGGCCCGGAGAACUACUUGACGACCAGCGACGGCGUCCGAGCACGGACGCGCGAAGGCUCAGCGUGGCGGAUAUUGAGAAUAAGCCCAGCACCCCGCUUAAAGAUGUUGGAUCACCGGGACCACCACAGAUCGUGGAUAUGGAGGAGAAGAUCUCUGUCCCCGAAGACAACACGGCAGCUCUUACCGUUAGGGUUGAAGGUACCCCCGCGCCGACAUUCAAAUUCUACAAGGGUAUGACCGAGAUUAUCGAGGGCGGAAGAUUCACCUUCCGCACCGAUUCCGAAACGAACACGAUCACACUACUUAUGCGCAAAGCAAAGCCGAACGAUGAGGGCACCUACAAGAUCGUCGUCAGCAACAUCCAUGGCGAAGACUCGGGCGAGAUGCAGCUCUUCGUCACAGAUGCCAGUGGUAUGGACUUCCGUGCCCAGUUGAAGAAACGCAAGUACAAGCAAUGGGAGCGCGAGACGGAGAAAGAGACGGUCGAUCUCAAGGAGACCGAGAAGCCACUGCCUGCCCUCAAGAAAGUCGAAAGGAAACCUGAAUCGUUCUUGAAGCCGCUUAUCGAUCAAUACGCCAAGGAGGGUAAGGACAAAAAAGUAAUGUUUGAAGCCAACUUCUCCAAACCCAAUUGCAAACCAAGGUGGUACUUCAGGAAAGAUGAAAUAUUCGCAUCAUCCAAGUACAAGCUUAAGAAUGAAGAAGAUUGCUAUCAACUUAUCAUUCUUGGACCAAAGGUGGAGGACACUGGCAAAUACACUAUUGAUAUUUCUGGCAUAUCGAGCACGGCCUUCCUCAAUGUUGACGAACCCGAUCCAACGUACACCUUUACCAAACCACUUAACCAACAGACGAGUGGCUUCCUCAAACACGAAGUACAAUUGGAAUGUACGGUCAGUUCGAAUAUGGCCAAAGUGGAUUGGUACAAGGGAAAAACGAAAUUGGAGGAUGGAGAUGUUUAUCAAAUUUCGAAAGACAUGACUGGCGUUUGUCGUUUGACAAUCAAAAGCGCAACUUUCGAUGACAGUGGUGACUACUUCUGUAAGAUCGCUAAACAGCCUGACAAAACGGACACAACGCUGUCGAUCAUAGAAUAUCCAUACAAAUUCGUCAAGGUAUUGAAACAUCAAACUGCUACUGAAAAAGAAACGAUCACUUUGCUCUGUGAGCUUGAUGACGCUGCUGGUGAAGUCAAGUGGUUCAAGGGCGACCAAGAAAUACAGUCGGACAAGAGAGUCCAGAUCAAAGAAGAUGGGCGCAAGAGGAAACUUAUCAUUAAAGACGCUAAGGUCACCGAUGCUGGCAUGUACUCGUGCGUGAGCAAUGCUGACAAGACCGAGGCAGAGCUCAUCGUUAACUAUCUUAACCGAUUUAACAAGAAACUUAAGGAUACCGUCGGUAUCGAACGUGAAAAGGUUGUAUUGGAUGUCGAAUUACAAGAUCAAACUGCUCCGGCCAACUGGUUCUUCAAUGGCAAACCCAUUGAAACCAAUGAAAGGGUUGAAAUUAAGAAUCUCGGUGGUGGUAAACACCAGCUCGUUUUCAACAGAGCUGAAAUGACAGACGAUGGUGAAAUCACUUGCGAGAGUGGCGAAUUGAAGAGCUCGUGCCAACUGUCGAUCAAGAAGGGUGAAAGCAAACCUAUUGCUGAGAUCCCUGAUACAGUUGAAGGACCAUGCAAUGCUCCUAUUGUGUUCACUAUUCCUUACAAGGUCGAAGGAACCAAACAAUCGCAAGUCGAGGCUAAACUCAUGAAGGAUGGAAAGGCUCUCCCACUCAAGGAUGUCGAAAUAGUUGUGGGUGAAGAUAAGAUCACAUACAAAAUUAAGAAGCCACAGCACGACCAAUCUGGUACCUACCAAAUCAAGAUCGGCAACGCACAGGGAGAGGAGGUCAAGGAUGUAUUCGUAAAUAUGCAAGACGUUCCAUCACCUCCGCUCGACGUCGAAGUAACUGAUGUUUUCGCAACUAGCUGUGUUGUCAAAUUUAGUCCAUCUAAGGAUGAUGGUGGUUCACCAAUCACUAAAUACGUUAUUGAACGAUUGGACAUGAGCUUGAAGUCUCAAUGGGAUAGCGUAGGAGAGGUCAUGCCCGGAGAAAAGACUUCUUACAAGGUUGAAGAUCUUGUAACGAAGAAAGAGUACAAAUUCCGCAUUCGUGCUGUGAACAAAAUAGGAUCCAGUGAGCCGGCGAUGUUUGGAAAGCCUGUUUUGGCUAAGGAUCCUUGGGAUGAGCCAGGAAAGCCAGGUAAUGUGGAGGUCACAGACUGGGACGUAGAUCACGCAGACCUCACGUGGACAAAGCCAGAGAACGAUGGUGGUGCACCUAUUACGGGCUACGUUAUUGAAUACAAGGAGAAAUUCGGAAAGGAAUGGGUCAAGGGCAAAGAGAUCGAAGGCGAUGUAACGAAGGGAACGAUCGAUGGUCUCAAAGAAGGGCAGCAGUACGAAUUCCGCAUCCGUGCAGUCAACAAGGCUGGUCCUGGAGAACCAUCUGAGCCAACUAAGCCUAUUAUUGCUAAGAGUCGAUUCGUCAAGCCAUUCAUCGUUGGAGAUGGUCUUAAGAAUCUUGUUAUCAAGAAGGGACAAGUUAUCAAGUACGACAUCAAAUAUCAAGGUGAGCCCGAACCUGAAGUCAAAUGGUUCCUGGGAGACAAAGAAAUCGUACAAGAUGCUGCUGAAAGAAUAACCAUCGACAAAUACGAGCGAAACACCGUAUUGACUGUGAGAAAAACAACCAGACCCGAUUCGGGUAAAUAUAAGCUGGUGCUUACAAACAGCUCAGGCACUUGUGAGAGUAUGGCCGAUGUCGUCGUCCUAGAUAAGCCAUCGAAACCAAUAGGACCACUAGAAACGACAGAAGUUAGAUCUGAUCACAUCACAGUUAAAUGGAAGAAGCCUAAAGAUGAUGGUGGUAGUGACAUUACCGGCUAUGUCCUAGAAAAGAUGGAUGUAGAUACUGGAAGAUGGAUUCCAGCUGGUGAGAUUGGCCCUGGAGAGCCUCAUGAGUUCACCUUCUCAGGAUUAACACCGAAGAAGAAGUACAAGUUCCGCGUAAAGGCCCAAAACAAAGAAGGCGAGUCUGAACCUCUUGAGACUGAUGAAGCCAUUUUAGCGAAGAAUCCUUAUGACGAGCCUGGCAAACCAGGAAAGCCUGAUAUUUACGACUAUGACAACAUGAGCGUUAGCUUGAGAUGGGCUAAACCUGACACCGACGGUGGUAGACCAAUUACGCACUACACCGUUGAAAUGAAAGACAAAUUCUCGCCAGACUGGAUAGAAGUAGCUAAGACGAACGAUGACAAACCAGAAGUCAAGGUCGAAGGUUUGAAGGAAAAGAUGGUUUAUCAGUUCAGAGUUAAGGCACAUAACAAAGCUGGAUGUGGACAGCCCAGUGAACCUACUGACAACCAUCUGUGCAAACACAAAAAUCUUAAACCAAGAAUCGAACGUGAAACCUUUAAGUCUAUUACGAUCAAAGCCGGCAGAACACACAAAUGGUCGGUCGAUGUAAUCGGUGAACCACCUCCAGAUUGCAAAUGGGUCUGGAGAGACAAUAUUCCACUCACAAAUACUGAGCGUAUCAAGAUUGAGAAUGUCGAAUAUCACACAGACUUUACUAUUAUCAAUGCCGUACGAAAAGAUACAGGAAAGUAUACUUUAAUCGCUGAGAACGCAAGCGGAAAAGAUCAGGAAACGGUUGACCUAAUCGUAUUGGGUAAACCUGAUGCUCCAAAGGGACCACUGGUAGUUUCGGACGUAACCAAAACUAGCGCUAAGGUUAAAUGGGAGAAGCCUGAAGAUGAUGGUGGCUGUCCUAUUAAAGAAUACGAAAUUGAGAAAAUGGAUACGAAGACAGGAAAAUGGGUGCGCGUUGGCAGAGUUCCAGGAGAUGGAAAUACUGAAUUCGAUAUUACCGGAUUAAACCCUGGAAGCGAAUACAAAUUCAGAGUAACAGCUGUGAAUGAUGAAGGUGACUCAGAACCGCUUGAAAGUGAGCGACCAAUCAUCGCCAAAAAUCCAUUUGAUGAACCACUCAAGCCUGGAACACCAGAUAUCACCGACUACGAUAACGAAUCGGUCAGCUUGAAAUGGACACCACCAGAAUUCGAUGGCGGAGCACCUAUUGAGAAAUACAUCAUUGAAAAGAAGGACAGAUACAAGCCAGAAUGGGAGAAGGCUAUUGAAGUUCCUGGAAAUAUGUUGGAAGCUAAAGUUCCUGGUCUGAAAGAAAAGGGAGAAUAUCAAUUCAGGAUUGUCGCUGUUAAUAAGGCUGGUCCAUCACCACCAUCAGAUGCUUCUAAAAUGCAAAUUUGCAAACACAAGUCACUUAAGCCCAGAAUUGAUAGAACAAAUCUUAAACCAAUUGUUGUCAGAGCUGGCAAACCUAUCAAGUAUGAUGUUGAUGUGCGUGGUGAACCACCACCAGAAACCACAUGGUAUCACAAAGAUACUCUGGUCAAGUCGGCCGGCAACAUUGAAAUUGUAAAUAUUGAGUACAACACGAAACUCAACAUUAGUGACAGCAUUAGAGCUAAUACGGGCGUCUGGAAAAUUAAGGCUGUGAAUGCUCAUGGAGAGGACGAAGCUGAAGUAGAAGUUACUGUUUUGUCGGCACCUUCAAAACCUAAAGGACCCCUUAAAGUAUCUGAUGUUACAAAGAGCGGUUGCAAAUUGAAAUGGGAGAAGCCUGAAGAUGAUGGUGGUAAACCUAUUACUGGUUAUCAAGUUGAGAAGCUAGACAAAGCUACCGGCCGUUGGGUGCCAGUUGGGCGUACAAACGACACAGAAAUGGACAUCAAGGGGCUGCAAGAGGGCCAUGAUUAUGAAUUCAGAGUUAAAGCUAUUAACGAAGAAGGAGAAUCCGAACCUCUCGUUACAGACAGAUCUAUUACUGCGAAGAACCCAUACGAUCUUCCUGGUAAACCCGGUGUACCUGACUUUGAAGAUUGGGAUGUUGAUCGUGUCGAUCUUAAGUGGGAAGCACCAAAGGAUGACGGUGGCGCACCUAUUACAGGAUACGUCAUUGAAAAGAAAGAAAAGUUGACCAGUCACUGGGAAGAAGCUGAGACGACUACAACUUCUCAGCCAAGAGGUCGCGUUACUGGUCUUAAAAAGGGCGCUACUUACCAAUUCAGAGUACGCGCUGUCAACAAAGCUGGACCAGGUGAACCCAGUGAACCAACUAAACCACACGUAAUGAAAGCCCGAUUCCUGAAACCACACAUCAACCGCGACAAACUACAAACUGUGAAAGUAAGAGCAGGACAACUGGUGAAGUUGGAUGUUGAUGUAGAUGGUGAACCUCCACCAACUAUUACAUGGAGCAAGGGUAUCAAGCCACUGACUACCAGUGCUAACGUUAAGAUUGACAACGAAGAUUAUAACACAAAGGUUCAAUUAUCGAAUACAACACGAGAGGAUACCGGAAAAUACACAAUCAAGGCUGUGAACGACUCGGGUUCAGAUGAAGCCGAAGUAGAAAUAAUCAUUCUCGAUAAGCCCGGCAAACCUGAAGGUCCUCUUGAGGUUAGCGAUGUUCACAAAGAAGGUUGCAAACUCAAAUGGAAGAAACCGAAAGACGAUGGUGGCCUUCCUUUGUCGAGCUACAUCGUAGAAAAAAUGGAUGUCACUACUGGUCGGUGGGUUCCUGCCGGUAUUGUAGAUCCCGAGAAGACAGAACAUACUAUUACUGGAUUAGAGCCAGGCAGGAAAUACGAAUUCCGUGUCAAGGCAGUGAAUGAAGAAGGAGAAUCAGAGCCAUUACAAACUGAUACUGCCAUUCUGGCCAAGAAUCCUUACGACACACCCAACGCGCCUGGUCUACCCGAAAUCGUCGACUGGUCUGAAAAUAUGGUGAAAUUGAAGUGGGAACCGCCAAUCAGAGAUGGUGGCGCACCAAUUACUGGAUACAUCAUCGAAAUGAAAGACAAGUUUGGAACUAGCUUUGUCAAAGCUGCCGAAGUCGAUGGCCCAAUUUGCACUGGAACCGUUCCCAAGUUGGAAGAAGGUAAUCAAUAUCAGUUCCGAGUGCGGGCUGUUAACAAAGCUGGUCCUGGUGAACCCAGCGAAGCCACGAAUCCACACACUGCUAAAGCUCGUUGGCUCAAGCCAUACAUCGACAGAACAAACUUGCAACCAACAACUAUUAAAGUGGGCUUAACUCUGUCAUUGGAUAUUAACAUAAUUGGUGAACCUGCACCAAAGGUUACGUGGUCUUACAAAGGAAAAGAGAUGGUUUCUGAUGACCAAAUUCGCAUUGACAACGUUGAUUACAACACGAAAUUAUUGAUUUUGAAAUGUAAGAGAGUACACACUGGAAGGUACACGAUUAAGGCGUCGAACGAAGUUGGCGAAGACGUCGCAGAAUUCGAUCUUCUCGUCAUGGGUAAACCAAGCAAGCCAACGGGUCCAUUGGAAGUAUCCGAUGUUAACAAACACGGCUGUAAACUCAAGUGGAAGAAACCCGAAGAUGACGGUGGUGCACCUGUUGAAUACUAUGAAAUUGAGAAAUUAGAUCCUCUUUCUGGUCAAUGGGUACCUUGUGGUAGAUCAACAGAACCAGAAGCAAACAUCACUGGUCUGUUGGAAGGCAAACCAUAUAAAUUCAGAGUAAAGGCAGUCAACAAGGAGGGCGAAUCUGAAGACUUAGAAGCUGAUAAGUCUAUCAUCGCCAAAAAUCCCUUCGAUGAACCCGGAAAACCAGGACGUCCACAGCUUACGGACUGGGACAAAGACUUUGUGGAUGUUACAUGGACUCCUCCAGAAAACGAUGGUGGUGCGCCGAUUGAAAAGUACAUUGUACAAAUGCGCGACAAAGAAGGCAGAAAUUGGGUUGACGCAGCUAAAGUACCCGGAAACACAACUAACGCUAAAGUUACGGACGGAAUUGAAGAAGGCCAUGAAUAUGAAUUUAGAGUCGUUGCUGUUAACAAAGCCGGACCUGGUGAACCUAGUGACACAUCAAAGAGUGUUGUUGCGAAACCACGCUUCCUUGCUCCACGCAUCGAUCGUACAAACUUACAGAAGAAGGUUAUGCGCGUUGGACAAUUACUGCGAAUGGAGGCUAAGAUUACUGGCGAACCUGCACCAACGGUUACCUGGAAGCUAAAGAAUGUUACUCUUAAGACCCAAGAUCGUCUGAAGAUUGACAAUGAAGAUUAUCACACAAGCUUUAUCCUGAACAAAUUAGAACGUUCAGACACUGGAACCUACACUGUUACCGCUACGAACGAUAGUGGAAAGGAUGAAGUAGAAAUUGAAUUAUUAGUAUUGAGCAAACCUGGCAGACCGAAGGGACCAUUACAAGUAUCUGACGUUACAGCAGAAGGCUGUAAGUUGAAAUGGGACAAACCCGAAGAUGACGGCGGUGACCCUGUCGAUCAUUACGUGAUUGAGCGUAUGGACGUUGAUAUGGGUAGAUGGGUACCAUGUGGAACUAGCAAAACACCAGAAGCGGAAGUAGCAGGAUUGAAUGAAGGAAAAGAUUAUCAGUUCCGUGUGAAGGCUGUUAAUAGCGAAGGAGAAUCCGAACCCUUGGAAACAACCAUACCUACGACAGCUAAAAAUCCUUACGGUGAACCUGAUGCUCCUGGUAAACCAGAGUUCAAAGAUUGGGACAAAAAUCACGCUUUCCUCAAAUGGACCGCUCCCAAAAACGAUGGUGGUGCUCCAAUUGAGAAGUACAUUAUUGAAAGGAAAGAUCAAUAUGGUAAAUGGCAAAAGGUUGCUGAAGGCCCUGGUCUACGAACUGAAGCUAGGGUUGGUGAUCUUGUGGAAGGUCAGAAAUACCAAUUCCGUGUGAAGGCCGUCAACAAAGCUGGCCCUAGCAAACCUAGUGAACCAUCUGACACUUUGUUGGCUAAAGAUCGAUAUGCUGCACCUAAGAUCGACCGUGCGAACCUUAAGGAUAUCACUGUUAAAGCUGGACAGCAUGUGCGCUUGGACGUUAAGGUUUCUGGCGAACCUCCUCCAACUAAGACUUGGUCCCUUAACAAGAAGAAGCAAGAAUCUGACCAAAAUGGUGUCAUCAUUGAAGAGGAAGAUUACAGAACUAAAUUCUCCAUUGGUUUCGCCACAAGAGCACAUACCGGCACUUUGCAAUUAAAGGCCGAAAAUGAUUCUGGCAAAGAUGAAGCUACGAUUACCUUGACAGUAUUGGACAAACCUGGUAAACCUGAAGGCCCUCUGAAGGUCGACAACGUUCACAAAGAGGGAUGUAGUCUCAAAUGGAACCCGCCUCUUGAUGAUGGUGGUGUACCUAUCGAUCAUUACGUCGUUGAAAAAAUGGAUACAAUUAGUGGCAGAUGGAUUCCAGUCGGUCGCACGACGGAACCUAAGAUGGAAGUAGAAAAUCUAGUCCCAGGACAAGAAUACAAAUUCCGAGUAGCCGCUGUGAAUGCAGAGGGUGAAUCGGAACCACUUGUCACUGAACAAGCUAUCAUUGCUAAGAAUCCAUUCGAUGAGCCCGGGCCACCCGGCAGGCCAGAAGCGACAGAUUGGGAUAAGGAUCGCGUCGAUCUAAAGUGGACUCCACCCAUGAACGAUGGUGGAUCUCCAAUUACUGGAUACGUUAUUGAAAAACGUGAAAAAGGUAGCCCGAGAUGGAUUAAGGCCGUCGAAACUGUUGGUCCAGAAUGCAAGGGAAAGGUUGACAAUUUGGACGAAGGAACUGAAUAUGAAUUCCGAGUUCGGGCAAUCAACGAGGCUGGCCCUGGAGAACCAUCUGAUGUUAGCAAACCUAUUACUGCUAAAUGCAGAAGACUACCACCUAAGAUUGACAGAAAGAACCUUCGUGAUAUUACUGUGCAUGAGAAUGAGCCCAUUAAGUUCGACGUGAAAGUAUUUGGAGAACCUGCUCCUGAUGUUUCAUGGUCGAUUAAUGGAAAGAUCAUUCAUCAAACCACAUACAGACGUGUUGAAAAUGUACCGAAUAAUACGAAGUUCUUCAAUGAUCGACCCGAGCGUAAGGACACUGGUGUGUACAAAAUUAGCGCUAGCAAUCAAUAUGGUUCUGACACUGCUGAAGUCGAAGUCACCGUUGUUUCUAAACCCGACAAGCCAGAAGGCCCAUUGGAAGUGUCGAAUGUACACAAAGAUGGUUGCACACUGAAGUGGAAGAAACCUAAAGACGACGGAGGCGAACCAAUUGAAGGUUAUCUCGUUGAGAAGUUCGAUCCCGAAACUGGAGUUUGGUUGCCGAUCGGCAGAUCGACCGUUCCUGAAUUCAAGGUGGAAGGAUUGACUCCUGGUCAUGAAUACAAAUUUAGAGUUAAGGCUUUGAACAAAGAGGGUGAAUCUGAACCACUUGAGACCAUUGGAUCUAUCAUUGCUAAAGAUCCAUUCACUGUACCAUCGCCUCCUGGUGCACCAGAACCCGUUGACUGGACGGCUAAUCAAGUCGAUCUUAAAUGGAAGGAGCCAGUCAGCGAUGGCGGUACUCCUAUUACUGGCUACAUUGUCGAAAAGAAAGACAAAUAUAGUACAAUGUGGGAAAAGGCCUUGGAACGCGAUUUGCCAGUAUGCUCGGCUCUUAUCACUGGACUCAUUGAGGGCAAUGAAUACCAAUUCCGUGUCAUUGCUGUUAACAAAGCUGGCCAAUCGGAACCAGGAGAUUCUAGCAAAACGUUCGUUGCUAAACCUCGAUUCUUGGCUCCUAAGAUCGACAGACGUACUUUACGCGAUGUUACACUUUCCGCUGGAUCAACACUCAAAUUUGAUGUUAAUGUCAUUGGUGAACCUCAUCCAACAAUGAACUGGCGAUUUGGCUCCAUGCCUUUGACUCCAAGCAGGACUGUCAACAUCGACAAUUCCGAAUACACAAGCAAAUUGACAGUUCGUCCUGUAAAACGUGACGAUAGCGGUGAUUACACAAUCAUUGCUACUAACUCCUGCGGAAAAGAUCAAGCAUCGGUUAAGGUUACAGUCACAGACAAACCAUCAGCACCAGAAGGUCCUCUUUCUGUUACUGAUGUGCACAAAGAAGGAUGCAAACUCAAAUGGAAGCGACCUCUCGAUGAUGGAGGUAUUCCUAUUGAAUACUACCAAGUUGACAAAAUGGACCCAGAAACCGGUUGCUGGGUACCAUGCGGUCGAUCAACCGAUCCUAAUUUGGACGUUACUGGCCUAACACCAGGCAAGGAAUACAAAUUCCGUGUAUCCGCUGUGAAUGCUGAGGGUGAAUCCGAACCACUUGUUGCUGAGCAAACGAUAAUUGCAAAGAAUCCCUACGACGAGCCUGACAAGCCGACCGAUCUCGAGGCUACGGACUGGGAUAAGGAUCACAUUGACCUUAAGUGGAGUCCACCAAAGAACGAUGGAGGCUCGCCUAUCACGGGAUACAUUGUGGAAAAGAAAGACAAAUACGGCGAAUGGGAGAAGGCUCUUGAAAUACCAGCAUAUGGCGAAAGUGAUUCUCCAGUACGAGCUACUGUCGGCGACUUAGUCGAAGGACAACCUUACGAAUUCCGUGUUCGUGCAGUCAACAAAGCUGGACCUAGCGAACCAUCGAACCAGACACCUGUGAUCAUCGCUAAACCACGCAACCAAGCACCAAAGAUCGACAGAACGAAUCUCAUUGAUGUUAAAGUCAAGGCAGGCCAAAACUUCGGUUUCGAUGUCAAGGUCAGCGGAGAACCUGCUCCAUCCACCAGAUGGCUUUUGGAUAGCAAGGACGUUAGAACAAACGAACGCGUUAAGAUUAAGGAUGUUGACUACAACACUCAAUUGAACGUCCGCAUGGCUACUAGAGCCGAAUCAGGCAAAUACCAGAUUAUUGCUGAGAACAUCAAUGGCAAAGACGUUGCUUACGUUAAAGUAACUGUUUUGGACAAACCUGGUACACCUGAAGGACCGAUUAAAAUUACUGACGUUACUGCUGAAGGCUGCAAACUUGCAUGGAAGCCUCCGGAAGAUGACGGCGGCUGUCCUAUUGAGAAAUACGUCGUUGAAAAACUUGACGAAGCUACGGGACGAUGGGUUCCAGCUGGUGAAACUGACGGACCAGAAACGAAGCUCAAGGUUGAAGGUUUGACGCCUAAUCACAAAUACAAAUUCAGAGUACGUGCUGUCAAUAAACAAGGCAAGGGUGAGCCUCUCACAGCUCUUCAGAGCAUUGAGGCCAAGAAUCCAUUCGAUGAGCCUGGCAAGCCUGGUACACCUAAGAUCAAGGACUACGAUUCAGACUUUGUCGAACUUGAAUGGACUCGUCCUUUGACCGAUGGAGGUUCUCCAGUCACAGGCUACGUCAUUGAGAAGCGUGACAAAUACAGCCCAUCAUGGGAAAAAUGUGCAGAAAUCGAAGGUGAUGUUACCUCCGGAAAAGUCAACGAUCUCGUUGAAGGAACUCCUUAUGAAUUCCGUGUCAGAGCAGUCAAUAAGGCUGGACCUGGCGAACCAUCCGAUGCAACUAAACCACACAUCGCACGUCCUAAGAAUCUUCCACCUAAGAUCGAUAGGAAGUACAUGCUGGAUGUGAAAGUUCGUGCAGGCGGUUUCUUCGACUUCGAUGUUCCAGUUAUCGGCGAGCCACCGCCAAAGAAAGAAUGGAGCCUCAAGGGCAAUGUCGUCACAUCUAGUGAUCGCAUCAAGAUAGUAAACGAAGACUACAAUACCCGAGUACGUGUGCUGGAAGCUUUACGCUCCGAUUCCGGAGAGUACACGCUUACAGCGCGCAAUACGAACGGCAAGGAUAGCGCCACAUUGAGAGUCAUUGUUCUCGAUGUUCCUUCCCCGCCAGAAGGUCCAUUGAAGAUAGGAAACGUCACCAGGAAUGGCUGCAAGCUUUCUUGGAAACCACCUAAGGAUGACGGUGGCUCAGAAAUCCUUAACUAUGCUAUCGAGAAAAUGGAUGCUGAAAGUAUGCGAUGGGUUCCGCUAUGUGAAUCCAUUGGUACGACUAUUGACAUCGAUCACUUGAUUGAAGGACAUCAAUACAGCUUCCGCGUAAGAGCUGUCAACAAGCAGGGCGAAUCUGCUCCACUUAACGGUCUUGAAAGCAUCAUUGCUGUAGAUCCGUUCGGAAAGCCAGAAAAACCAGGAACACCAUCUGUCACCGAUUGGGACAAGAACCGUGUCGAUUUGGAGUGGACUCCACCGAAGAGAGACGGAGGUGCACCUAUUACUGGGUACAUCAUCGAAAAGCGUCCCAAAUUCGGACAGUGGGAGAAGGCUCUUGAAGUCGAUAGUGAUAAGACAAAUGCUAGAGUACCUGACUUGACUGAGGGAGAGGAGUACGAAUUCCGUGUCAUCGCCGUUAACAAGGCUGGACCAGGAGAACCAUCGGAAGCUUCUCUUCCCAUCGUUGCCAAAGCACGUUACGUUAAACCGUCCUUCGAUCCGCAUUUACUGCACGACCUUGUUGUACGAGCUGGUCAGAAGGUCAGCUAUGACAUACCGAUCGAGGCUUCACCCAAGCCGAUUGCCAAGUGGACUAUCAAUAAUGUACCUGUUGAGGCUGAUGAGCGCCACGAGAUUUUCACUACGCAUAACAACACAAGUUUCGAAAUUCCGUUUGCCCAACGUUCUGACAGCGGCCGAUAUGUGCUAACCCUUGAAAACGAGCUCGGCUCCUGCAGUGCCGGUGCCAACGUGACUGUGAUCGAUAAGCCAUCCAAACCACGUGGACCCUUGGACGUGUCCGGUGUCACCAAAGACAGCUGUCACCUUUCUUGGCAACAACCACUCGACAAUGGCGGUACACCUAUUCUCCACUACAUCAUCGAGAAAAUGGACUUUUCUCGUGGAACCUGGACCGAUGCUGGUAUGAGCAUGGUCACGACACACGAGGUGGCGAGACUAGUUCACAAGAAGGAAUACUACUUCCGUGUCAAGGCUGUCAACAGCGUUGGAGAAUCAGAGCCAUUAGAGACGGAAAAGAGCAUCAUUGCCAAGAAUGAAUUCGACGAGCCUGAAGCUCCAGGAAAACCAAGAAUUGUCGAUUGGGAUAAGGACCAUGUUGACCUUGAAUGGCCUGCUCCAGAAAGUGAUGGAGGCUCGCCCCUCACCGGUUACAUCAUUCAAAAGAAGGAGAAGGGCAGCCCAUACUGGACUAACGCUGUUCAUGUGCCACCAAAUCAGAAUAGCGCAACUGUUCCCGACUUGAUCGAGGGACAAGAGUACGAAUUCCGUGUUAUUGCUCAAAAUGCUGCUGGUCAAUCCGAGCCAUCUGAGCCAAGCGAUCUCGUUUGCUGCAAACCUCGAUACUUGGCGCCAAAGAUCAAGACACCGUUGACGGACAUCAAAGUCAAGGCAGGUCACAUUUUCCAUUUGGAUGUGGACUUUGUCGGUGAGCCAAUUCCAGAGGUCAUCUGGAGUAUGAACAACAAGAAUAUCAAUGCCAACAAGAGAACAUCCGUGUCGUCGAUUGGUUACCACACGAUUCUUCACAUAGUUGAUGCUAAGAGAACAGACUCUGGCAACUACCACUUGCUGCUUAAAAACAGCAGUGGAAUCGAUGAAGGUUCUUUCAAGCUCACAGUUCUUGACAGACCUGGACCACCACAAGGACCUCUGGAAUACGAAGAAAUCACUGGACAAUCGGUUACUUUGUCAUGGAAGCCACCAAAGGACAAUGGUGGAAGCGAACUUACUGGAUACGUUAUUGAAAAACGCGAUCUUACCCACGGUGGAGGGUGGGUACCAGCUGUAUCCCACGUUAAUCCUAAGUUCAAUCAUGCAACGGUCCCGAGAUUGCUUGAAGGAACCAGCUACGAAUUCCGUGUUUCCGCUGAGAAUCUCCAAGGACGUUCUGAGCCUCUGAAUACCGACAAAUCCGUUGUUGCAAAGAACCAGUUCGUUGUUCCUGGACAACCUGGUAGGCCAGAAUGCGUUGACGCAGACAAAGAUCACAUCAAGAUCGAAUGGACUCCACCAAUCAGUACCGGAGGAUCGCCAAUUAUCGGAUAUGAUGUUGAGAGACGUGAUCGUGCCACAGGCAGAUGGAUCAAACUCAACAAAGAGCCAGUCAAACCUAUUGAAUACUAUGACGAUCAUGUUUCUGAGGGUCACCAAUACGAAUAUCGCGUGACGGCUAUCAAUGCCGCUGGCGCUGGAAAACCAAGCGACACCUCGCACAUUAUCACUGCCAAACCAAUGAGGGAGGCGCCUAAACUAUACUUGGACGCUCUUAUUGGAAGAAGAAUCAAGGUUCGCGCUGGUGAACCGAUCAACGUUGUUAUUCCGAUAACUGGCGCCCCGACGCCUAAGAUUGAAUGGACGAAGAAUCUCAUUCGAGUGGUGGACACUCUGCGUAUAUCCACUGAAACAAAGAGCGACCAUACGCAACUUCUCAUCGAGAAAUCGGUACGAGAUGACGGUGGCAAAUACACGAUCGUGGCUAGUAACGAGUACGGCCGCGAUUCCGCAGACAUCGAAGUGAUUGUCGUUGAUAGACCAGGACCACCGGUAGGCCCAUUGCAGUACACUGCUACCACUCAAGACAGCGUUUCCCUUGCCUGGAGUCCACCACUUGACGAUGGUGGUUCAGAUAUUACAAAUUACAUUGUCGAGGUUGCAGACUUUGGCUCAGAAAACUGGAGACAGUGCCCUGGCUACUGCCCAACUGCCCACUUUAUUGCUAAGGGUCUGACAGAAGGCAAACGAUAUGUCUUCCGUGUUCGCGCUGAAACCAUGUAUGGCGUUUCCGAACCUCUGGAAGGCAAGCCAGUUACUGCCAAGUGUCCGUUUGAUCCUCCAGAUGCACCUAACCAGCCUGAGAUCCUUGGAUACACGCCAAACAGUUGCACUCUGGCAUGGACUCCACCUCUUAACACUGGUGGAAAACCAAUCACUGGCUAUAUCGUUGAAAAGAGAGAACGUGGUGGUGAAUGGAUGAAGGCCAACAACUAUCCAACACCGAACACGACUUUCACAGUACAGGAUCUACACGAGGGUGGAAGAUACGAAUUCCGUGUGAUCGCUGUAAAUGAAGCUGGACCCGGAAGGCCGAGCAAACCGACCGAACCUAUCACAGCUGGUCACCAGAGAACUGCUCCUGAUGCACCUGAGCCUCCUAAGGCUGAUCGUAUUACCAAGGACUCGGUCACCCUGUCCUGGCGUCCACCUCGUAACGAUGGUGGAGCUAAGAUUCGUGGUUACAUUAUCCAACAGAAGAAGGCUCGUGGUGAUGACGACUGGGACGAUGUCAACGGUGCACCUGUCCCAUCGACCACGUUCACAGUUCCACACUUGACGCUCGGCGAGGAAUACCUAUUCCGCGUUGUUGCCGUCAACGAUGUCGGUAAGAGUCCACCGAGCAGAGCAAGUAACCCAAUCACAAUCGAGGAACAGCCCAACAAACCGACCAUGGACCUUGGAGGUGUGCGCGAUAUCACCGUCCGUGCUGGAGAAGACUUCUGUAUUCACGUACCAUACGUCGGUUUCCCGAAACCUGUGGCCACAUGGUACGUUAACGAUGUCGUCACCGAUGAGGAUACUGAUAGACGUGUGCAUCUACAGUUGGCUGAUGACUAUGCAAGCCUUGUAAUCAAAAACUCGAAACGCACGGAUGGUGGUCAGUACCGCCUCCAACUUCGUAACGCAUCAGGAUUUGACACAGCUACGGUCAACGUGCGCGUUCUCGACAGACCUUCACCACCGCAGAACCUGCGAGCCGACGAGUUCGCCGGCGAUGCUCUUACCCUGUUCUGGAACCCACCGAAAGACAAUGGUGGUGCCGAAGUCACCAAUUAUGUUAUUGAAAAGAAAGAGCCGAAAUCGUUCGAAUGGGUAAAAGUGAGUGCGUGCACCACUUCGACCUUCGUCCGAGUACGCAAUCUCGCAGUAGGCAGUACAUACGAAUUCAGAGUUAUGGCUGAGAAUCAGUACGGAACUUCUGAACCAGCCACAACCAUCGAUCCUAUCAAGGCCAGGUAUCCAUUCGAUCCACCAGGUGCACCUGGUGCUCCACGUGGAGUUGAGACAACCGAAGACAGUAUUACUAUUAACUGGACCAAACCUCGUCACGACGGAGGAUCACCUAUUACAGGUUAUGUGAUCGAGAAGAGAUUGAUCAGCGAAGAGAAAUGGAUCAAGGCAACUCAAGCUAUCGUUGUAGACACCACAUACAGAGUCGGAGGAUUGAUCGAAAAUCACGACUACGAAUUCCGUGUAGCCGCUCUGAACGCUGCUGGUCAAGGACCCUGGAGCGCUGGUUCCGAAACUAUUCGCGCUGCUGCUCCAUCAGUUGCACCGAAGAUCACAAGCGACCUCAGCAUCAGAGACAUGACCGUCAUUGCUGGAGAGCCAUUCACCAUCACUGUACCGUUCAUCGCCAAGCCCAGACCAAGGCCUGCUUGGUGCAUCAAUGGUGAAGAUGUUAUUACUGAUGAGAGGAUCAAGUUCGACACCAACGACAUCGAGACGCAAUUUAUCAACAAGAAGGCCAAGAGAUCAGAUACCGGAAACUACACUAUCUAUCUGACCAACACAGUUGGAACAGACUCCGCUACCUGCAAGGUUCUUGUGGUGGACAAACCAUCACCGCCACAAGGACCACUGGACGUAUCCGACAUUACGCCAGAAUCUUGCACGAUCUCGUGGAAACCACCAAACGACGACGGUGGCUCACCUGUCACCAACUACAUCGUCGAGAAAUUAGAACCCAUUGGCAUCUGGACCAAACUGAGCAGCUUUGCACGUCGCACUCAGUACGACGUCUUUGGACUCGAGCCGAACAGGAAGUACAACUUCCGAGUCAGAGCUGAGAACCAGUAUGGUAUUUCUGCACCAUUGGUUGGCGACGAGCCAAUCACUGCCAAAUUCCCCUUCAAUGUCCCAGAUCCACCAGGAAGACCACGUGUCACCGACUGGGAUUCGACCAGCAUCACCGUUGCCUGGGACCGACCAGUUUCGGAUGGUGGCUCCCGCAUCCAGGGCUACAAGGUCGAGUUUAGAGAUCCAACAGACGAAACCACAUGGAGAACAGCUAACGACUAUCUGGUCAAGGACCUUAACUACAUCUGCUACAACCUUCUUAGCGGCCACGAAUACGAAUUCCGUAUUUUCGCGAAGAACGCCGCUGGCUUGAGCAAGCCCAGCCAGACAUCCACACCAUUCAAACUUAAGAGCAAGAGCAUGGUGCCCGAUGCCCCACGAAACCCACAAGUCAUCAAGGUCGGCAAGAACUACGUCGACUUGCGCUGGGAAGCUCCGGCUUCUGACGGUGGUAGUCGCAUUACCGGUUACAUGAUCGAGAAGCGCGAGAUCGGCAGUGCUAUCUGGAUGAAGUGCAAUGACUACAACAUCACCGAUCUCGAGUACACCGUACUUCACCUGAUCGAAAAGGGUGAUUACGAGUUCAGAAUAUUUGCGAUCAACUCUGCUGGUCGCUCUGACCCAAGCUCGUGCACACCUCCGGUUAAAAUUUGCGAGGUCGAAGGUGGCGAGAAGCCUGAAUUCCUCAGAAACUUGCCCUACUCGCAAGGAGUUGCUCUUGGAAAGACACAUGUGCUCGAAUGCGAGGCCACUGGUAAACCGAUGCCGGUUGCCAGGUGGUUGAAGAACGGACGCGAGAUCACGAUCGGAGGACGCUUCCGUACCGAAUCAUGGGAUGGCGUAUUCCGUUUGGUCAUCGCCGAGGUUUACGAGUCUGACGAGGGCGAUUACACCUGCCAGGCUACUAACGCCGUUGGUUACGCCAGCACAACUGGCAGAAUCAAGAUCGGCUCACCACCGCGUAUCGACCGCAUACCAGAUGAUCUGUUCCUACCAGAGGGUGAGAACACCAAGAUCAAGAUUUAUUACAGUGGAGAUCAACCUAUCACCGUCACUCUCAAGAAAGACGGCAGAAAACUGCCCGAAUCUACGGAUCAUCUUAAGUACACCGUCUUCGAUGACUACAUCAUCAUCUUCAUCAGAGAAAUUAACAAGGACACCGAUGCCGGAUCGUACGAAGUCAACCUCGAGAACGAGAGCGGCAGUGUCACCGGUGUAUUCAACGUCUACAUUACUGGAUUACCAGGACCGCCACAGGGACCACUCGACGUGUCUCACAUCGACAAGCACACGUGCUCUCUGAGCUGGCAUCCACCCAAAUUCGACGGUGGUCUCAAGAUCACGCACUACGUUAUCGAGAGGCGAGACGUGACCCACACGCAAUGGAUCACUAUCUCCAUGUUCGGCUGCAGAGACACCAACUACUCCGUCCAAGGUUUAACCGAGGGUCAGGAAUACCUCUUCAGAGUGAUGGCGGUCAACGAGAACGGCAUGGGACCACCACUAGAGGGCACAAAUCCCAUCAAAGCCAAGGCACCGUUCGACCCACCAGGUCCACCGGGAAUACCCAAGGUCACUCAAGUCGGUGGAGACUUCGUCAACCUGUCCUGGGACAAACCAGAGACAGACGGUGGCGCGAAAAUCCAGGGCUAUUGGAUAGACAAACGCGAAGUCAAGGUACCUGAGAGUUGCUGGCAACGCGUUAACCCAUCGAUCUGCUUGCCCAACCAGAUCAACGUUGGAAACCUCAUCGAAGACCGUAAAUACGAGUUCCGCGUAUUCGCGCAGAACGCGGCUGGUCUCAGCCCUGAAUCCAAGGCUUCGACCUCCGUUCAGAUUCGCGACCCUCAAGCUGCCAAGGCACCGGAAAUUAUCAAACCACUGCCGAAGACUCUGAACUGCGCACAGAACCACAACGCGCACUUUAAGACUCUUAUAACCGGAAUACCAGCACCGACUGUCUCUUGGUUUAAGGGAGCUCGCGAGAUUGUCAACGGCUCGCGCUACAACAUCUACUCCGAGGGAGACUGUCAUAACCUUAUCGUGCAUGACGUCUUCGGUGAAGACGCCGAUGAGUAUGUGUGCCGUGCAGUGAACCGUGCCGGAGCCAAAUCGACCAAGGGAGAACUCAUGAUCAUGACACCACCAAGACUGAACGUACCACCAAGGUUCCGCGACACCGCUUACUUCGACAAGGGUCUGAACGUUGUUAUCAAAGUUCCGUUCACCGGAUUCCCCAAACCCAAGCUCACUUGGGUUCGCGAAGGCGAAACCAUUGAGUCUGGUGAGCACUACGACAUCCAGAUAACCGACAGACACGCAACCUUGACAAUCCGAGACGCCAACAAGGUCGACUCUGGACCAUAUAGACUAACUGCCGAGAACGAACUUGGCCAGGACUCAGCUAUCAUCAAGAUCCAGAUCAGCGAUCGUCCGGAUCCACCGCGUUUCCCGGUCAUCGACAGCGUGGGCCACGAUUCUUUGGCUCUGACCUGGAAACCACCAGUAUGGGAUGGCGGCAGCAAUAUCACCAACUACUUGGUCGAGAAACGCGAGCACCCGAUGUCCACCUGGAUCAGAGUGGGCAGUACUCGUGUCUGCUCCAUCGCCGUGCACGGACUCAGUCCCGGACACCAAUACGACUUCCGGGUGUUCGCUGAGAACGUCUACGGCAGAUCGAACCCAAGUGAAACGACACCGUUGGUUCAGACCAAGGGCGAGGCCAAGAAACGUCGUGAAGAACCCAAACGCAAGCAGGAGAUCGAUCCUAUCACCGGCAAGAAGAUCCGAGGUCGCAACGACGAAGCGGUCAGAGACUACGACCAGUUCGUGUCCGACAUUUACGACAAGUACGUGCCACAGCAACCGGUCGACAUCAAGCGCAACGUAUCAGUAUACGAUCGGUACGAUAUUCUCGAGGAAAUCGGUACCGGUGCCUUUGGUGUCGUUCACCGAUGCCGAGAGAGAUCGACCGGCAAUAUCUUCGCGGCCAAAUUCAUUCCGUCGGCACACCCGAUGGAGAAGGAACUCAUCAGGCGAGAAAUCGAUAUAAUGAACCAGCUGCAUCACCCGAAACUCAUCAACCUUCACGAUGCCUUUGAAGACGACGACGAGAUGGUCCUCAUCUUCGAGUUCCUGUCCGGAGGUGAACUUUUCGAGCGUAUCACCGCGGAGGGUUACACCAUGUCGGAAGCCGAAGUUAUCAACUACAUGCGGCAGAUAUGUGAGGCCAUCAAACACAUGCACGAAAGAAACAUCAUCCACCUAGACGUCAAACCCGAGAACAUAAUGUGUCAAACGCGCCAGAGCACGAACGUUAAACUGAUCGACUUUGGUCUGGCCACGAAAUUAGACCCCAACCAAGUAGUGAAAAUCAGCACGGGAACCGCCGAAUUCGCGGCUCCAGAGAUCGUCGAGAGAGAACCCGUUGGUUUCUACACGGAUAUGUGGGCCUGCGGUGUUCUCGCCUACGUUCUACUCAGUGGUCUCUCACCGUUCGCCGGUGACAACGACAUCGAGACCCUGAAGAACGUCAAAGCCUGCGAUUGGGACUUUGACGAGGAAGCAUUCCGAGAAGUUUCCGAAGAGGCCAAAGACUUCAUUAGAAGGCUACUUAUCAAAAACAAGGAGAAGAGAAUGACUGCUCACGAGUGCCUGAUGCACGCCUGGCUUACUGGUGACUCCAGCAAGAGAACCACCGAGAUCAAGACUAGCAGGUAUAUCAACUUCAGGGACAGGAUUCGUGCCAAGUACGACGACUGGAAGAAGUACGUACUGCCAAUCGGUCGCUUGGCCGAAUACUCGUCGUUGAGAAAACUGCUGAUAGAGAAGUACCACAUACAGGACACGACGUUCGAUCGUCGACAAGCCGCACCGAGAUUCGUCAUCAAACCCACGAGUGCGUUUGCCUACGAAGGCCAGAGCGUCAAAUUCACGUGUCGUGUGAUCGCGAUAGCCCCGGCCGUACUCACGUGGUAUCGCAACAACACUGAACUGAGACAAUCCGUCAAAUUCAUGAAGCGCUACAUCGGCGAUGACUACACGUUCGUCAUCAACAGGGUGAAACUCGAGGACAGAGGCGAAUACAUCAUCAGAGCGGAAAACCACUACGGUUACCGCGAGGAAGUCGUGUUCUUGAACGUCCAACCUCUACCCAAAGACGUACCACCAUACAGACCAGAAACCUACCAACCCGUUAGAAGACGCGAACCACUGCCCUACCACUUCUGGAUGGAGACUAAAGAAGCCGCGCCCGAUUUCACCUUCCUCCUUCGUCCUCGUGUCAUGCAAGCCCGAGACACUUGCAAACUGUUGUGCUGCUUGAGCGGUAAACCCACUCCAACCGUCAAAUGGUACAAGAACAGCAAAGAACUGUCCAAGUUCGAGUACACCAUGACCAACUCGGAUGGAGUCGUCACGAUGGAGAUCGUCGACUGCAAGCCCGAGGACAGCGGAAAAUAUAGAUGCGUAGCCAUCAAUUGUCACGGAACUGAUGAGACUAGCUGUGUCGUCAUCGUCGAAGGUUCUGGAGAAACCGAGGAACAAGAACAACUGGCCCACGAUCUGUUACAUUCCGGAGAACGCCGAUUCAUAGAGAAGCCACUGAAACCAGCACCAUACCAACCAGUGACCACCACCAUCAUCAGAUCGACGCCCUACUCACCAUUCAAACCAGGUCACAGUUCGGUGGACAAAAUUCCAAUCAGCGAACGCGAGCUUCACCGAGUGACACUACCAGAAGCCCCGAAACCUGUGGUCCAGGAGAAACCCGCAGCAGUCAAACCAGUAGAGACGAUACCGGAGCCAGCACCGGAACCCGUCAAAGAGAAGAAGUCCAAGAAGGACGGAGAUGAGAAGAAGGACAAGAAGUCCAUCAAGAAGUACGGAAGCAAGCUCGAGUCGACUGGCAGUCCAUCCAGAUCGAGAAGCACAACGAAAGAACUGAUCCCUGCCCCCGAUGACGCUUCCAUGGGACCGCCCACGUUUACCCAACAACUCGACAGCGCACUGACGAUCGACGAUGGUGCAAGACUAGAGUUGACCGUGAAAGUCGAGGGAGACCCCGAGCCACAAAUAACUUGGUUGAAGAACGAGCAGAUAGUUACCUCAUCGGACGUGGUGGAUUUGAGGUACAAGAACGGAGUCGCCUCGCUAACGAUCGCCGAGGUCUUCCCCGAGGACGAGGGCGAGUACGUCUGCACAGCCACCAACAGUAUUGGAGCCGUAUCCACCACGUGCAAACUGACGAUCAAUCCGGUGGAAAAGGCACCAGCCCCAGCGCCCAAGACCGAGGAGAAAGAUCACGCCCCGCAGAUAGUCGACCACGUGAAGAGUUCGGCGGUGACCGACGGUGACGCGGUGACGCUGAGCUGCCGCAUCAUCGGAGCCAACAAAUUCGACGUCGUUUGGCUGCACAACAACAAAGAGAUCAAACCGAGCAAGGACUUCCAGUAUACCAGCGAAGCCAACAUCCACAAACUCAUCAUUGCCGAAAUCUUCCCCGAGGAUUGCGGCACCUACACAUGUGAGGCGUUCAAUGACGCAGGCGAAAGUUUCUCGUCUUGUACGCUCAACGUUCUCGUUCCAAACGAAGAACCCAAGAGCCCGGUGUUCAAGACAUUCCCGCAGUCGGCGACGGUAACGGAAGGAGAAGCCGUCAAUGUGUCGUGCAAAUUCGACGAGGCGCCUCUCAAAGUAACGUGGCUGAAGGACGGUAAACCAAUAGACGAAAAGAGUAGCAGAUACCGGUUCAGCAAAGACGGCGACAGCAGCUUCAGGUUCGGCGUGAAGGCGACUACAGCGGAGGACAUUGGACAGUACACUGUACAAGCGGUCGGCAAGAAGGGCGAGACGAACGCGGCAUUUUCAAUAAACGUCAUCCCGCCGAACGAAAGUGUCUGAGCUAAACUACGAUGAUAUUAUCACGCAAUAUACGUAUAUAUUAUGACUCCGCUGAUGGGACAUUGUACGCGUCGUGCGCACGUAUACAAUGUUAGACACGCCAACUCUGGACACUGUGUUUUUUAUAUAUAAAAUAUAAAUAUAAAUUAUAAUAUGCAAAAGAAAGAUCAUCAUAUAAAUUAUACACGCAAAAAAAAGUUGGACAUCGACGCCUCUUAAAGAUAUUGCGCACGUGUGUGACUCGUUGGCGGCGGCGGCAACGGACAAUUUGUUUAAUACAUAAUUCUAUUAAACGCUCGGAAACACGACGCGAAGUUUAAUAAGUGUAAUAUAAAUAAUAAAAACUCGUUUUCUUUUUCUUCUGUGUUUUCGUUUUUCUUUUUUUCACUAUACGUUCUAAUGUAAAACCGCUUUCUGGGAUAUGUAUUUGCUGUAACUAUGAUUUUAUGCUCCGUUGUUGCGCCGUCGAUCGAAUAAAAAAAGAAACGAAUGAUGUGUUACAUUAUAUAAUAAAAAUAAAACUAUGAAAAAAUAAUAA